CUGACAACCCACAGGAGAGCGGAGAGCAGCGGAUUGCAUUCUGCCAGUGUAAUAUCAACAUUGGAAAGGACGCAGUCAAAAUACAACACAGUGACAUAUUCAAAGAAUGUGUACGAUACCAUCUUUACCUGCUAUCCUGUUGUCAACAUGAAAUUGAGAUGGCAGUGAAUGUAUACUCCACAUCAGUAACAAUUGAGAACCUGAGCCGACAUGACAUGUUGGCAUGGGUGAACGACUCCCUUCAGCUCACCUACACCAAAAUAGAACAAUUAUGUUCAGGGGCAGCUUAUUGUCAGUUCAUGGACAUGUUGUUCCCAGGGUGUAUUCUUUUAAAGAAAGUGAAAUUUCAAGCAAAGCUGGAACAUGAGUUUAUACAUAACUUCAAAGUACUCCAGGCAGCUUUCAAGAGGAUGAACGUUGAUAAAAUAAUUCCUGUGGAAAAAUUAGUGAAAGGAAAAUUCCAGGACAACUUUGAAUUCGUCCAGUGGUUUAAAAAAUUCUUUGAUGCCAAUUAUGACGCAAAAGAGUAUGAUCCCAUUCAAGCUAGACAGGGCCAAGAUGUGGCGCCUCCACCAAAUCCAGGUGAACACUUUUCCCACAAACCCAAGAGAACUAGUCCCUCAGGGCCUCAGAGAACAUCGCCAACAGUACCUAAAAACAUGCCCACACCACAGAGGGUGACCACCACCAUAAGGAAGAACCCCACACAUGCCCGAAAUGGGGGAAGUGAUGCUGAAAUCAUGGAGCUUAAUCAACAGUUAAUGGAUCUGAAGUUAACCGUAGAUGGUCUGGAGAAGGAGAGAGAUUUCUACUUCAGCAAACUUCGAGACAUUGAACUGGUCUGUCAAGAAAAUGAGACUGAAAACCACCCCAUUAUCAGUAGGAUAAUUGACAUUCUGUAUGCCACAGAGGAUGGCUUUGCACCACCAGAAGAUGAUGAAAUAGAUGAGCAGGCCCACUUGGACCAGGACGAAUACUGAGCAUCCUCCUCUUCCACAUCAUCAUAACCCUUCAUCAUUUCCUCUCCCCACCACUUUGAAUGACUCCCCUCUAUCACACGCUGUUAAUAUCCUCUCAGUUUCCUACAAAUGUAUGGCUCACCAUAUAUACUCUAACUCUUUGUCCUCCGACGCUGGUUUAUGCCCUACAUAGGUAUCAACAAACACUCGCCGUCCUCACCCCCAUCCAGACAGUAGCACCAACAAUGACACAUCCUAGCCGUCACAGCAUGUUUUACAUAACGACAUAGAGAAUGAACAAAAGAAAAGGUAUCAUAGAUUGUGGGUAGCACAACAGACUGAAAAAAAUUUACAUAUUGUGAUGGGAAAGACCUUUUUAAAGAAAAAAGAAAAUGAAGAAAAAUGUUGCUUGGAAUGCAGUUAUUCGUUGUGAGAUUUUCAUACAUAUUUUCUUUGAGGUCUGUCUUGGCUCCAUUCAGUAUGAAAUGAUCAGUAUCACACCAUCCAUCUGUGUCUCCAGCUUCAGUCUGCCUCUCUCACUGACUGUACGCUUUUAAAGGGAUAGUUCACACAGAAAUGUCUAUUCUGUUAUCAAUUUCUUACCCACACGUUGUUCCAAACCUGUAUGACUUUCCUUCAUGGAAUAAACGAAGCAGGUUGCUCAUUUCCUUAUGACUGCAGAAAAUAGGGACUGAAGCUUUCAAGCUUGAAAAAGGACACAAAUGAAUGAACCAUAAAAGUGGUCCAAUACGAUUCAUACGCUAUAUUCCAAGUCUUAGAGCUUCUUACAAACUUCAAGUACACCUGUGACCAGGGCCCAGUUUUUCAAAAAAUGUAAUCUGGAUCAAAUUGAUCCGGAUUUGGAAAUCCCAUGUUUUGCUAUCCAGGAUCACCUGAUCCAUCUUACUUUUAUGCCAGUUUUUUAAAGGAACAUUGGAUUGGAUCACUGUGAUCCAAAUACCAAAUUUCAGGAUUACCAAAUCCUGUUUACCAGAGCCUUAAAUGGAACCAACAGUGUAGCCUACUGGCUUAGCAAAGAACAACAGGUAGGCAAAAUACCGGUGGCCACAAAUAGCCAUU